CAUCCCAUCGACAAUAUAGAUCCUUGUUUCCAUUUCCCAAGCUUUUAGGAGCAACCUUGGCCACUGCUUGGCUUCUUGAUCGUCUUGGCGUGUCCCCACCCUGGGUUUAUUUUGGAGACUUUGGUUUGAGGAAAUCAAGCAGUUAUGGCUGUUAAGCAUAUUGCCGGCGUCGUCGCGACGUCGCUGGCUAUUGCUCUCGCCCCAGUCGCGCUGGCCUGCGAGGGCUGCUAUGCACCGGCCAGCCAUAUAGAACACGUUCGUCAUGUCAAGCGCAUGCAGCCAGAAGCCCUCAAUGCUUCCUACGGACCCACGAGGGCUUUGGAAUGGGGUCAGCUGAAUUUCCUGCAUACUACUGAUACCCACGGUUGGCUAGAAGGGCAUCUAAAGGAGAAGAACUAUGGCGCCGAUUGGGGUGACUUUGUCACUUUCUCGACGCAUUUCAAGCAUCAGGCUGGCAACAUGGGCGUCGAUCUCCUCAUAGUUGACACAGGCGACUUGCACGAUGGUGCCGGGUUGAGCGAUGCUACGUCACCUGAUGCAGCCGUUUCUAUAAAGAUCUUCGACGACGUGGACUACGACUUACUCGCGAUUGGCAAUCAUGAGCUUUACUUGGCAGAUGUGGCCUAUCAGACCUUGAAUGAGAUUUCGGCCUAUUGGGGUGAAAAGUAUCUUACAUCCAAUGUGCAGAUCGUAGAUCAAAGCGGCGAAUGGAAGUACAUUGGCAAGACACAUAGGUAUUUCACUACCCCACAUGGUCUAAGAAUAAUGGCCUUUGGCGUCUUGUUUGAUUUUACUGGAAACACCAAUGUCACUAAGAUCAUACCCGCCAAGACCAUGAUCACUCAGAAAUGGUUCUUAGAGGCUAUAAACAGUUGCGACGAUAUUGACCUUUUUGUUCUCAUUGGACAUAACCCUGUCCGUGACAGCAGCUUUCAGACGGUCUUCGAUGCUAUCCGGGUAGUGCACCCCGACACCCCUAUUCAGAUCCUAGGCGGCCACAGUCAUAUACGUGACUUUACAGUGUAUGAUGAUAGCAGCGUAGCGAUUGAGUCAGGCCGUUAUUGUGAGACCCUUGGCUGGAUGUCUAUGUCUGGCUUCACGAAGAAGAACAGCGGCUUCCACGGUAUCUUCCCCAACCCUGCAAGUGUACCAAACCCCACACGCAAGGCGACUGAAACGUCCACUUCUCCUUGGACGUUUUCUCGCCGAUACCUUGACUGGAAUCGCAAGACGUUCAUAUACCACGCCGAAACGUGGUACGACCACAAUUUCGAUUAUGACAAUGGACGGGCUACUACAGCCGAGAUUGGCAUGUAUAGAGAGCAGCUGAAGCUCAAAGAGUUAUACGGCUGCGUCCCCCAGCAUUAUUGCAUGACAUGCGCUCCGUUUGAUAGCCCUAACAAUAUCUUCCCGCUAUUGUCGACAGCACUGGCUGAAACUGUUGUUCAGGAAGCGCGCAAGGACAAGGCCCGUUACAUCAUCUCGAACACUGGCGGCAUUCGCUUCGAUCUGUAUAAGGGACCCUUCACUUACGAUGAUAGCUUCAUCGUCUCGCCGUUCCUAGAUGCGUUUUUGUAUAUAAAGGAUGUGCCCUAUGCGCAGGCUAGCGCACUUCUUGACGCACUGAACGACGCCGGCGCCAGCCAGAAGCGUUCGCUUGGAUAUAUGCCCAUCGAGCGAGAUAUUUGUGUCGACCCCUUUGUCGAACCUCGCAGCGAGAUGAAGCGUGAUAAUGAAUACCAGAACGGUGUUUUUGGAAUCACGAGGCGCCAAGUUGUGGAUCUUGUGGCUGGAUACACGACUACCGAUGAUUUCGGUACCGACGGAGACGAUACACCACACUCGCAAAUUCCGCAUUAUGAAAUCCCUGAUUUCUUCCAGGGCUCUGCUGGCUUCGACGAAGAGGGCCGGGCUGACUUCGUUGAUGUAAUAUUUGUGGACUUCAUCGAGAACGACGUGCUUGCCAUUCUUGGAUCAGAAUUCAGCGCGGCAGAUGUCGGUUAUUAUAUCAGUGCCGACUUCACGACUCGGGAUUAUCUCCCAUUGUUUGUGAAGCAGUCGCAAGCUUUCCAAGCCGACUAUCCCAACUGCCCAAGCAGUUAAAUGGUAGAAUAUUAAUAAUUCUUGUCCAUAUCAACCCAUCACUCUCUUACAUUCCCGUGUACGAGUUGUGAGUUGUACAUAUUGCUGUACCUAAACUUAAAUCUAAAUAUUGGAAAGAAAUGACGUCUAUGUACUAAAACAUCACUGAACCGGGCGCCAGCAAAGGAGUUAAGCAUUGUAUCCGAUCAUAACAAUCAUAUUCCUGCACCGUAGACGAAUUGAUCAAUCAGAAAAGGUAACCUUACAAAAUGGCCGAGUUGAUAUAGACAGGCUUGUAAACUUGACAAUACGGA